UCAGUUUGGGUGGCUGGGAAUUGCAGCUUCUCAAGUUGUCGUUGAAGUUGUGCCCUAAUUGGGGAAUUGGGGGAAAUUCUUCCAUAACCGCAACAAGUAUCGCUCUCAUCCAUUACAAUUAGGAACGCAAAAUUAAAUCAAUAACAAAACUCAUAAAAGAAAUUAAUUGGUGGAAAGAGAAAGAAGGGAUGAUGAGGGGUCAGAGAAAGCCGAUACACGCGAUCGCCACGUGGGUGCGGCGGCAACCGCCAAAGGUGAAGGCUUUUCUUGCCGUUGUUUCGGGCAUGGCGGCACUCGUGCUUCUCCGCUUCAUCGUUCACGAUCACGAUAACCUUUUCGUUGCUGCCGAGGCUGUCCACUCUCUUGGAAUUUCCGUUCUCAUCUAUAAACUCAUCAAAGAAAAGACUUGUGCCGGAUUAUCGCUCAAAUCCCAGGAAUUAACAGCUAUAUUUUUAGCUGUUAGGCUGUACUGCAGUUUUGUCAUGGAAUAUGAUAUACAUACCCUGCUUGAUUUGGCUACUUUGGCAACAACACUGUGGGUUAUAUACAUGAUUCGUUUUAAAUUGAAGUCUAGUUACAUGGAAGAGAAGGACAAUUUUGCAAUAUACUAUGUGGUGGUACCCUGUGCUGUGUUAGCCUUGUUUUUUCAUCCAUCAACUAUUCAUCAUUUAUUGAACAGGAUUUUCUGGGCAUUCUGUGUAUAUCUUGAAGCUGUGUCAGUACUACCUCAAUUGCGAGUCAUGCAGAACACCAAAAUUGUUGAGCCAUUCACAGCACACUAUGUGUUUGCCCUGGGUGUUGCAAGAUUCUUGAGCUGUGCUCAUUGGGUUCUUCAGGUGUUGGAUAGCCGUGGACAUUUGUUGGUUGCCUUGGGGUAUGGAUUAUGGCCAUCAAUGGUGCUUAUUUCAGAAAUAGUCCAGACUUUUAUCCUAGCAGAUUUCUGUUACUAUUAUGUCAAAAGCGUUUUUGGGGGACAACUUGUUCUCCGCCUUCCCUCUGGAGUUGUGUGAUUGAAGGUUCACUUCAGUGCAUACUUGCAUUAAGAUUAACUUAAUCAAGCAAUAUGGUCGGUUAUCAUUGCUGGUGUCCAUAUUGUGUUGACAACGUUUGGCUCCUUGGAAGAAGCUAGUUUCUUUGUAAAGUUGCAGAUGAAGGAGAGACUAGAUAUUUAUGUUUAAGGUACAGUAAUUGUAUUGUAGUUGGAAAGGCUUUACACAUAACGUGUCUAUUUGCGUAGGCUCUUGGAAGUCAGUACUUAUAGAACUACUCCACGUGCUUAAGUUCUAUUCGAUUCUUUAUAGAACUUUUCCACCUCAUCGUAUCUAAGCUGCUUUACUUGAGCCUACGAGGGAGACAUUAUAAAAUUGCUUUGAAAGGAUUAUUUUUUUCAUAUAAUAUUUAGACCGUAGCAUUUUUUAAGGUUUUUUCUUUGGCCAUGGCCAAAUUAUCAUUUGAGAGUUUAAUCUUUGUAUAAACAUGUUCCAUAGCAAUAACGGACAUUGCAUUCAAAUCUGAUUUUAGUGUUGAAAACGAGGAAGAAAUAAAGAUAAAAGAUUGUAGAAAAAUGUUUCUUAUUGAUUGAUAUGCAUCUAUUAGGGGCUAAUUAAUUACACUUAAACAUAUAUAAAGCUAUAUAUGACAAAGGAAAGUAAGGAAAUAAAAGAAAUUACAAUCGCAAUACCUAUAAAGAAUAAAUUAAUCUUUUAAUUAGGGAGUUUACAGUGGCUAUGUUGAGGCAGCUUGGUCCGCUUGGUGAGAGGUGACGGCGCAGUGAUUAUUAUUAUUUUGUGCACGUACAUGGCCAAGAGGUGGAGGUAAGCCCAAGCAACUUGCCUGACAAGGGGAGCAGAUGGGCUGGAGGUAAGCCCAAACAAAACAUUUAGCAUUUGUAUUAUUUAAAGUUAAGUAAACUUAAUCUUGAUAAAAUUAUUUUUAAAAUAUUAACUAUAGUUAAGAUGUAUAUAAAUUAAUUUGAACUACAAAAUUUUCAUUGGAAUACAUUUUUUUAUCAAAAGUACGAUAAUUUAAUUUUUCAAUUUUCAAAAUUUGAUCUGAAGCAGUCACAAGAUACAAGCCGUUGUAUAUAAUCUUUAGUCUUUCUCAACAAAAUUCCAAACACGUUAGUCGUAGUGGAGACUUUAACAUGUUUGGAUUCACAUUUAAAAGGUUGUGAAUUUUCGUUUCCUUCGAUGCUGUUAGUGUUUCUGAUGUGUUCAUAGAAAUAUUCUUGGCAGAAGGAGGCUUUUAAAUUAAGGGAUAUGAAUAUUGACAGGCCACAAAACUACGAUUGGCAGUAAGUGGCAAGUUUAGAUCCCAAACAAAUUUCGGCAACCAUGAACAAGGACGUUUCAAUCUUUCAUCAUUAUUUUAAAACUUCAGACAAUAAUUAACCACAAUGUUUUAUGCGGUUUACUAAAGGAUGUCAUUGUAAAUGUUUCUUUGCCAGAUAAAUUAUACGGCCUGGCACAGCCAGAACAGUACAAAAGAGAGAUAGUGUACAAGUUUCUAUUUUUGCUUAAAUCCCACAAAUUCCCAAUAAAUAAUGGUAGUGUACAAUUGAAGCACACCGUGCACCAUUGCAUAUAACAAAACUCGAAAGGUGGAAUUGGGCUUUCAGAGUUCAGAUAUGCACUUUCCAUUCAUAAAAUUAACAACUUGUUCGACAGCCACAUCAAGUGCAGCAGUUACAGCUGCUAAAUUCUGCAGGAAUUCUUCUGCAGUUGGUUUGUCACCAUCAAUGAUAUCAGUCACAGCUUUUACAAAAAUUACAGGUACUUUCAGUAGGUCAGCAACAUAAGCAACGGCUGCUCCCUGGAGAAAAAGUUGAAAUGGAUAGUUAAGCCCAUAUUCGACAUAGGAGAGAUAAGAGUUAUUUGUGAAUAUGUGGAUUCAUGCCAUUCCCAAUAGAUGAGCCAGAGUCCCAAGAGAGAAUAGCCAAAAUAAUCAGAGGAUCAAUUAUUACAAAAUUAGCAGGACAUAACAAGUUCACAGGAAAGAGGACCAAAGUUAGUUACACUUGGAAGACACCAAUGAAAACCCAAAAUACAGACAUUUUGAAGCACAACUAGAAAACCAGAAACUCUAAUGCUACUUCUUAGAAAGAGGAGAGAAGACAGUGCCUACCUUGAAGCCACCAGCAGUGCCUGCAUUUAUGAUCAAGUCUGGUUUCAAUGCUUGAAUAGCAGCAUAUGUUACAAGAGCAGAGGAUAUUGUGCCCACACUAUCAACCCCUGAAAGAAAUGGAACAGGACUCAUUAUAUGAAAAAUUGUAAUCAAAACAAAAUUGCCACUUGCCUAGGCUUGAUAAAAAUCAGCAUAAAUCAUGUUUGUUAUAUUGUGAAGAAUCAAUCAAAUAUGAAUUUACCGACUAAAAAUGAGAAAGCCAUCUAUAACUUUUGAGUUGUUAGAAGUGGUGC